AAUUCAUUUACUGCUAUGCAAACAUCACCAUUAAUAAAUUAUUCAAACUCCACUAAUAUAUGAAUCUUCUCGCUUUUCCUUUGUUCUAUAUAUAUCUUCAAAAGCUUCUUCUUGGUGUCUACUUGGAGUAACUCAAACACCAAAUCCUUUCCUUUAAGCUAUACUGAUCAAUCCCAAAUCCAUUUUUUCCCAUUUCAUUUACUAGGGAAGGUAGCCAUGAACAAGUUCAAGAAAUCUCAAAUUCUGACACUAUCUAUUGUAGCAGCACUUUUAUUUAUUGCACCACUUUUAUCUUCAUCCUUGAGGCCUACUUAUCUUUACUUUAUCCUCAAUCUUCUUAUCAUAUCACUCGGAGCCGAAGCCGGGUUAGGAUCAGUGCUUUCUAGGCCUUCUUAUGCUGCGGCAAGACCAGUUACAACCCAAGAAGCUAAGGGUAGUAUUGAAAGUACAGAUGUUGCUGCUCCUACAGCAAGCACUGAAAAGAAAGGUAAUAAAGUUGUUGAGAAAUCUGUGUCUGAGAAGAAGAUCAUUGUUGGGUCUAUCAAGGCGGAUAAAGUAAAGAAAUGCCCUUCAACUCCAAGCCUUUUCUUUAUAGGAAGUGGAGAAACUGAAACAGGAGCUGUUAAUAGGGAAGAGCUAGAGAUGGAAGAAGAAGAAGAAGGAGAUGUUGGAGGGCUUAGUGGACCUGAGUUGUUUACCAAAGCUGAGAUUUUCAUUGGCAACUUCUACAAGCAGUUGAAGAUGCAGAGGGAAGAGUCUUGGAAGAAGAUCCAUGGAUUUUAUCAAAAAACCUUUUAAGUGAUCUACUGCUCUACAAAUCUUCAGCAUAUCGUAUAGUAUUAUAAUUAUCUUGGUCAGUAUAGAUAAUGCAUGAUUUGCUCUCAUUUUCCUGCUUGCCAAGCAGGUGAAUGGUUAGUCUCUUUCAGGCACUUCAAACCAUAUUUUACCUUGAGGUGUCAUGAAAACAAGAGACAUAGAUUUCCAAUAGUUGUACAUAUUAUAAUAUUGCAGACAUAUAAUUUAGGAUUUUGCCAUAUUUGUAACAUUAUUUGUUAAAAAUGUUAAGAAUAUCAGUUCUUGAAA